AUGGCGUUUAGCAAGAGAAUGUCCUCGAUGUUCUCGAAGGAGAGUACCUCGUCUCCAGGCGCUGAGAUCAGACCACCUAGUUCAGGUACCCAACGCUUCUUCCAUUCCCGAGAUCCAUCUUCAGUGUCAAGGAUUUCUUCGGAAAAGUCAGGACCGUCAGACAACCCAUUCGCAACUCCAGCACUGUCCACGAAUGCCUCUGUCACACACCUACCGCCUGUGAAGCACAGUCCGCCCACCUAUUUCCGCUCACGGCGGAUGAAGAAGGGGACUGUCGAAAAGCCAUGGCUGACAGCCACCAAAGACAAGAAGCAAAAAUGGCAGACCAUCAUCCCACUGGCCGGAAUUUUCAUCGGGUUUGCCCUUGGGGUUUACAUGGUAUACAACGGCUGGAUGUCUGUGCCUGAGCAUCAGUACUGCAUGGUGUACGAGGACGAUUUCUCGAGUGGUGCGCUGAACACCGACGUCUGGACCAAGGAGGCUGAGGUCGGUGGCUUCGGCAACGGCCAAUUCGAACAGACCACUGUCACAGAUGAAAACGUUUACAUUCAGGACGGCAUGCUUACCAUCAAACCAACCUUGCAGGAUGAGAACCUUGUGAACGAGGACAACGUUAUUGAUCUCACUGCAAUGGGCAUCUGCUCGUCGGACCAAUGGAACAACUGUGUUGCAAGCACAAAUACCACCAACGGUACCAUAGUUCCACCAACCAAGAGUGGUCGGCUCAACACAAAGAAAGGUGCAGCUAUCACAUAUGGACGUGUAGAGGUAGUAGCCAAGAUGCCCAGAGGUGACUGGCUUUGGCCUGCAAUCUGGAUGUUGCCAGUAGACAACACGUAUGGUGAAUGGCCUUUGAGUGGUGAAAUAGAUAUCGCCGAGUCCAGAGGGAACAACUAUACCUAUCCAAUGGGCGGCAACAACGUGAUCAGCUCAACCAUGCAUUGGGGUCCUAACCUUGGAAACGACGCUUGGUGGCGAACAUACGGCAAGACAAGUGCUCUUAUGAGCACGUUCUCCCAAAAGUUCCACACUUUUGGCUUGGAAUGGAGCGAGAAGUACAUAUACAUGUACCUCGACAGCAGAUUGCUGCAGGUCAUGUACAACAGGUUCUCAGAGCCUCUCUGGAAACGUGGCAACUUCCCACUUUCAGACUCAAACGGCACUUCGUGGGUCGACCCAUGGACACAGACUGGCAAUCCAUCCACACCAUUCGACCACAAAUUCUACCUUAUUCUGAAUGUGGCUGUUGGUGGUACUAACGGUUGGUUCGAGGAUGGCGUAGCUGCGAAGCCCUGGGUGGACGCGUCGCCGAGCGCUAAGAAGGACUUCUGGAACGCCAGAAAUUCGUGGUAUCCUACCUGGACGGAGCCAGAGAUGCAGGUAAAGAGCGUACGGAUGUGGCAGCAAAAGGGGUACAAUGGCUGUUAA